CGGCGUGCCCCCGGCAUGGCCCGGCAGGGCUCGGGGGCCAUGCUGCCCUCGGCGGGCCUGGGCUUCCCCCCGCAGAACCUGGCCCGCGUGGUGGUGUGGGAGUGGCUGAACGAGCACGGGCGCUGGCGGCCCUAUUCGGCCGCCGUGUGCCACCACAUCGAGAACGUGCUGAAGGAGGACGCCCGCGGGUCCGUGGUGCUGGGCCAGGUCGAUGUCCAGCUGGCCCCCUACGUCAUCGACCUCCAGUCCAUGCACCAGUUCCGGCAGGACACGGGGACCAUGCGCCCCGUGAGGAGGAACUUCUACGACCCCUCCUCAGCUCCGGGCAAGGGAAUCGUGUGGGAAUGGGAGAACGACAACAACUCCUGGACUCCCUACGACAUGGACAUCUGCAUCACCAUCCAGAACGCCUACGAGAAGCAGCACCCCUGGCUGGACCUCUCCUCCCUGGGCUUCUGCUACCUCAUCUACUUCAGCAGCAUGUCCCAAAUGAACCGGCAAACGCAGCGCAAGCGGCGGCUGCGGCGCCGCAUGGACCUGGCCUAUCCCCUCACCAUGGGCUCCAUCCCCAAAUCGCAGUCGUGGCCGGUGGGCGCCAGCACGGGGACCCCCUGCUCGUGCCCGCAGUGCCUGCUGGUCAACAGCACCCGCGCCGCCUCCAACGCCAUCCUGGCAUCGCAGCGCCGCAAACUCUACCCCGGCGCCGUCCGGCAGAGCAGCACCUUCGCCGGGGGGGCCCUGUGGCCGCCGGGGCCGGCGGCGGGGGCGGGGGGCUCGGCCAAGGGCGAGGGGCUGCGUGUGGCCGGCGCGGGGUUCGCCCCCGGGCAGGGAGUGCCCGGCGCGGCGCUGCCCGGGCUCAACAACCUCAACCGGCCCGGGACGCAGCGCGGGGCCGGACUGGGAGCCAGGGCCACCGUGCCCCCGGGGGUCCCGGCCCUCCCGGUGAAGAACCUGAACGGCACAGGCCCCGUCCAUCCUGCCCUCGCAGGGAUGACGGGGAUCCUCAUGUGCGCCGCCGGGCUGCCCGUGUGCCUGACCCGCGCCCCCAAACCCAUCCUGCACCCGCCGCCCGUCAGCAAGAGCGACAUCAAACCCGUGCCCGGAGUCAACGGCAUCUGCAGGAAAACCAAGAAGAAGCAGCUCAAGAAGAGCAAGACCCCCGAGGACGUGGUGCGGAGGUACAUCCAGAAGGUGAAGAACCCCCCGGACGAGGAUUGUACCAUCUGCAUGGAGCGGCUGGUCACCUCCUCCGGCUACGAGGGCGUCCUGAGCCCCCGGGGCAUCAAACCGGAGCUGGUGGGCAAGCUGGGCAAGUGCGGGCACAUGUACCACCUGCUGUGCCUGCUCGCCAUGUACAACAACGGCAACAAGGACGGGAGCCUGCAGUGCCCCACCUGCAAGGCCAUUUACGGGGAGAAGACGGGAACGCAGCCCCCCGGGAAGAUGGAAUUCCACCUCAUUCCACACUCCCUCCCGGGAUACACCGACUCCAAAACCAUCCGGAUCGUCUACGACAUC